AUGGCAGAGAAAGGAACCAGAGUUUUUAAAAAAGCAAGCCCCAAUGGCAAGCUGACGGUCUACCUGGGCAAGCGAGACUUUGUGGACCACGUGGACGGAGUGGAGCCCGUCGACGGCGUCAUCUUGAUCGAUCCGGACUACCUGAAGGAGAGAAAAGUCUUUGUGACGCUCACCUGCGCCUUCCGCUACGGGCGAGAAGAUCUGGACGUGCUGGGCUUGACCUUCCGCAAAGAUUUGUUCGUGGCCAACGCGCAGGUCUUUCCCCCGGCGACGGACCGGGGCCGCCGCGACCUGACUCGUUUGCAGGAGCGGCUGAUCAAGAAACUGGGGGAGCACGCCUACCCCUUCGCCUUCCAGAUCCCGCUUAACCUGCCGUGUUCGGUCACGUUGCAGCCGGGACCCGAGGACACCGGAAAGGCCUGCGGCGUGGACUUUGAAAUCAAAGUGUUUUGCGCCGACAACGCCGAGGAAAAGAUCCACAAAAGGAACUCGGUCCGCCUGGUGAUCCGGAAGGUUCAGUUCGCUCCGGAGAAAGCCGGGCCUCAGCCCAGCGCCGAGACCACCAGGCACUUCCUCAUGUCCGACAAAGCUCUCCAUCUGGAGGCCUCGCUGGACAAGCAGCUUUACUACCACGGCGAACCCAUCAGCGUCAACGUCCACGUCACCAACAACACCAACAAGACGGUCAAAAAGAUGAAGGUGUCCGUGCGACAGUACGCCGACAUCUGCCUCUUCAACACGGCGCAGUACAAAUGUCCGGUGGCGAGCCACGAGUCCGACGACGUGGUGGCUUCCAGCUCCACCUUCUGCAAAGUUUUCACCCUGACGCCGUUUCUGUCCAACAAUCGAGAGAAAAGAGGCCUGGCGCUGGACGGCAAGUUGAAGCACGAAGACACCAACUUGGCAUCCAGUACGCAGUUGCGCGAGGGGGCAGACAAGGAGAUGUUGGGCAUCGUGGUGUCCUACAAAGUCAAAGUCAAGUUGCUGGUGUCUCGCGGCGGACUCCUGGGAGAUCUGGCCCCCAGCGACGUGUCCCUGGAACUCCCUUUCACGCUGAUGCAUCCCAAGCCUCGAGAAGAGUCUCUCCACGGCCAAGAAAGUAAGAACCCGCCUCGCCACGCCCAGCCGCUGGCGCCGUUAGCCGCUCCCGCUAACGGACGCUUUUGUUCGGCAGCCGCCGCCGAUGACACCAACCUGAUCCAGUUUGACGCCAACGACGACGACAUCAUCUUCGAAGACUUUGCCCGACAGCGGCUGAUCGGCGCCAAAGACGACGAGGACGAAGAGGCGGCGGCGGCGCUCCACGACAGAUAG